UGUUUUGCUUUUUCCUGGGAGUCCAUUUCUCCUUUUUUUUCUGAGAGUGAAAUGCCCUUCUCCGAUCAAUCGCUCCCUUUUCACACGGGGAGGGGUGAUUUGAAAAGUGCAGAAAGAGAGAGUGAGGUGAUUUGAAAGUGCAGCAUGGCAAGAAUUAGGGUUCGCCUCGUCUUCUUCUCGACAUGGUUGCUGCUAAUCUCUCUCUCUUUUGCGGACGAUGUCAGCCGUGACGACGAUUUCACCCCUAAAUCUCCGGGGUGCGACAACAAAUUCCAAUUGGUUAAGGUUAAAAAUUGGGUGAAUGGUGUUGAAGAUACAAGCAUUGUUGGAUUAAGUGCAAGAUUUGGUUCUUCACUACCAAGUCAUGCCAGUGAAGCACGAAAAAGACCAGCCGUUUUGGCAAAUCCAGUGAAUUGUUGUACUAAUUCCUCUUCAAAGUUAGUGAAUUCCAUGGCUUUGUCCAAGCGUGGGGAUUGUGCCUUCACCACGAAAGCACAAGUUGCUCAGUACGAGGGUGCAGCAGGCUUGCUUAUUAUGAAUGAUGAGGAAGAUCUCUACAAAAUGGUUUGCACUGAAAACGACACUUCUCUUAAUAUUACAAUCCCUAUUAUAAUGAUUCCCAAAUCAGCAGGAGAUAAUCUUCAAGGGCAUUUGGCUGCUGGACAUAAGGUGGAUAUUUUAUUGUAUUCUCCAAAUCGCCCUAUAGUGGACUUCUCAGAGAUCUUCCUGUGGAUGAUGGCUGUUGGCACUAUAGUGUGUGCUUCCUUGUGGUCUGAAUUUGUUACAUGUGAACAAACUGAUGAGCGCUACAAUGAACUUACAAGAAAGGAUGCCCCUAAUGCUGGACCUAUCAAUAAAGACGAUUCUUUGAAGGAAGUUCUGGAUAUCAAUUUGAAGGGGGCUGUUAUAUUUAUUUUCGCAGCAUCUGCCUUUCUAUUGUUGCUGUACUUUUUUAUGUCGUCGUGGUUUAUUUGGCUGCUGAUUGUGUUAUUCUGCAUUGGUGGUAGUGAGGGUAUGCACGAAUGCCUGGUUGCUCUAAUUUCAAGAUUCUUUGGAGACUGCGGGCAGAAAAUCCUAAAUUUUCCAUUUCUUGGGGAGAUCCCACUUCUCUCAGCUGUGAUUUUACCACUCUGUAUGGUAUUUUCCAUUUUUUGGGCUGCAAAUCAGCAUGCAUCAUAUGCAUGGAUUGGUCAAGAUAUUCUAGGUAUUUCUUUGAUGACAACGGUCCUGCAAAUGGCUCGCUUACCAAAUAUCAAGAUUGCCUCUGUGUUUUUGAGCUGCGCAUUUGUCUAUGAUAUCUUUUGGGUCUUCAUUUCACCACUUAUAUUCCAUGAAAGUGUUAUGAUUGUGGUUGCUCGUGGUGACAGCAGUGGCGAAAGCAUUCCAAUGCUUUUAAAGAUUCCGAGAUUUUUUGACCCUUGGGGUGGUUAUGACAUGAUUGGAUUUGGAGACAUCCUCUUUCCUGGACUUCUUAUUUCAUUUGCAUUCAGAUAUGACAGAUACAAGAAGAAGGGUAUCUUAAAUGGCUACUUUCUUUGGCUUGUCAUUGGAUAUGGAAUUGGUCUCUUCAUCACUUAUGUUGCCCUAUAUUUGAUGGAUGGGCACGGGCAACCUGCAUUGCUGUACCUUGUUCCAUGCACAUUAGGUCUUAUCAUUGUACUUGGCUGGCUUAAAAAAGAACUUGAAGAUCUGUGGGAUUUUGGAGCAAGCCGACCUGAGCAUUCUCCUGGAGAAGCAUAAUUUUUUAUUGUCAACAUGAUCAAGAAUGGGAGAUAUUUGUGCAUAGGAAGUCAUCAAAGCGUGUGAAACUUCGUGAUGGGAUGCAAAUUAACUUGACAAGAGCACCUUUCAGUGAAGGCAUUAAGCCAGAGACCCUGUGAAGUACAAUUGAAAGGAUACAUCUUAUAGUUCAGUGGGGUCUCAAAUGGCAAUGUCUGAAACUAAUUCUUGGAGCAAAUCUCAAAGUUGCUUUUGUUCCUAAUUUAUUUGCAAAUAGUUAUUUUGUCUUGUGAUUUAUAAAAAAGAUAUGCCUCACAUACAGAUCGGCAUAUUAGCGAUUGUUAUUCUGGCAGUUGCAGAUAGAAAAAUAGUGAUGUUAUCGUUUUACUCGAUGGCAUGUCAAAAUAAAGCUAUGUGGGUUGGAACUCGAUGGCAUAUCAAAAUAAAGCUAUGUGGGUUGGAACUCGAUGGCAUGUCAAAAUAAAGCUAUGUGGGUUGGAAAUA